AUGGUCUUCUUCAAAUGUUUCAAGAAAGGCACCGUUACUAUUCUUGAGGAUGAAAGUGAUAACUGGGACGAAGGUACCACAUUGCUUGUAGGUGCGCCUCUCCUAGCUUCGGAAGUAUCUGAGGUGGGCAAUUCUCUUCAUAUUCCGUCUUGGUCUCAUGAGGUGUUUUGUCAACUCAACAGCUUCAAAAAAUCCAAGUCUACAGAUAGUGACCUUCACUCCACUGUUUUACAGUUAAAGUCCUCCCAUCAUACAGAUAUUGGUUCAUCGAAGGCGUUUGAGCUUCUUAGCGAUCGAAUCCAUAAUGGAGCAGUGAAUUGGAGUUCUAGUCUCCUGACAGCUGGUGAAUCUACAUUUACUGAGUAUUACGGGGAGUGGCUUGAAGAUGUGGUAAGUAGAAGUGCUCAGGUUCUUAAGAGCACCGGUCUAUAUAAUGCAGUAUUUGCCUCAUUAUUUAGCUAUGAUCGACAUGCUCCAGUCAUUCGAGCCUUUUGCAAGUACUGGUGUCUUGCAACAAAUACUCUUCAUACAUCGCAAGGAGAGAUGUCUAUUUCCCUUUGGGAUCUUCAUGAAAUUGGUGGUCUCCCUAUUACAGGUCGAUUUUAUGAUGAAGUCAUUCCAACCACUGAGAGUCUCAAUAGGAAGGAUCAUAAAGGCGUGUCUUAUAUCCCACACAUUUGUCGCUACUUAUUCUUAGCGUAUCACAAGAUUUUACAGGAUUCUAAAGGAAAAUCUAGAGUAAGAAUGACUGCUUGGAUAAAGUACUGGUAUCGAGGGCCAUUCAAGUAUAAAAAGCCUUCAAGGAAAACCAUACGGAACAAGUCACAAAAGCCAAAGGAGGACUAUGAUCCAUCUGGUAUCAUUCCGAUAGCACUGAAACGCACUGAGGAAGAGGAAAGAGUUUUUGAAGAUUUGGGUAUAGCUGAUGAAGACAUGGAAAAAUCCUACUUGGCUGCAUUCCUUGCUUGCUGGUUGUGCAAAUUUGUAUUUCCCAAAGAUGACGUAACUUUGAUCAGACCAGGGGUUUUCAAAGUUGCCAGUCGAAUGGCGCACGGUGUAUCAUUUGGCCUAGCAGUUCCAGUAUUGGCCAGCAUUUACAAGGGGCUGAACAAUAUUUCUAGUGCGGAUGAUCCAGGAAUUUGCACAACUGUUCUACCUUUCCAUUAUGUGUAUGGAUGGUUGGGUGAAUACUUCGACACACAUUUUACAUCAUCUUCCGAGAAGUCCAUUCCUAUCAUGGCAAGGUUCUCAGGAAGACUUUCGGCGAAAUUUUUUGAAGAUUCAACAGCUCGAGCUUUAUUCUGGACUUGUGGUAAAGUGAAAAUGAGACAUGGCAAGAGUAUUUUCAGAAUGCAAACAACUGACUGA